UGGCAAAUUAACGGCUGUCAUAUAUCCAAUUCCGAGUUGGAGACGACCCAGUCUUGGCCACGGUGAUAAGCUUGAUAAAGCGUCUCGCUACUGGUUCGCCUUAUCCGCGCGAGAUAUCGCAAUCAUGACCCCAAAGAUAGUCAUUGUCAAAGAAAAGCAAAACCCAAGCCCCCUCCUCUACAAUGUAGACUUCUCCAGAGCCCAGCACUAGACAUCCGAAAUGGCUUCCUUUCUGUCCCGCCUCCACGACAAGAUCCUUGUCAAGAGUGUCGACCAGGAUGGCAACAUCCGCGUCGUCGAAGCAAUCGACAACGACUCCAUCCGCCCAACCCGCGUCAAGGACCGGACAUGGACGCAGCUCACCUACAUGUCGUUCUGGUUCUCCGCAACCGCGAACGUGAGCAAUCUGUACGCUGCUUCAACGGGGCUUACUGUCGGCUUGAGCAUGUGGGAAGCAGUCGCGUGUUCGUUUGCGGGCCAAUUCCUUGCAGGAUGUCUGAUGGCUCUCAACGGUCGCGGCGGCGCGCUGUAUCGCAUUCCGUUUCCCGUGCUGUGUCGCGCAAGCUUUGGGCCGUGGGGCGCUCUCUGGCCGACAUUCAAUCGCGCGGUCAUGUCGAUUGUGUGGAAUGGAGUUAACGCUGUGCAAGGUGCACAGUGUAUCUAUGUGUUUCUACAUGCAAUAUUCCCGUCUAUUGAGAAUAUCCCAGACAAGAUGGGCCCCAAGUCUGCACUUAACUCCGCCGGGAUGAUUUGCUUCUUGAUUUACUGGCUUGUAAACUGCGCCUUCCUGGUCGUACCCGUCCCAAAGAUGAAGUCGCUCGUCUACAUCAAAGUGUUCGUCUACUACGCCGCUGUCAUUGCCAUGACAGGCUGGACGGUCUCGCUAGCGGGCGGGACGACUUCUGCCCUAAGUCAAGGCUCGACGAUCCACGGGUCGGAAAAGAGCUGGAUGAUUUGCAAGUUCCUCUUCAUUGGCCUUGCAUCCUGUGCGACAUUCAUCUCCAAUGCUGCGGAUAUGCAGCGAUAUGCGCGACGGCCGAGCGAUGUGAUUUGGGGGCAGCUUAUCAGUUUUCCGUUGUCAGCGCUGAUCGUUGCAGUCUUUGGGAAUGUUAUCGCUGCUGCCAGUGUUGGGGUCUUUGGAGAGCUCAUCUGGAAUCCGCUCGACUUCCUCGACAUGCUCAUGGCCGGCGAACGCUACACGUCUGGAAACCGCACAGCUUGCGCAUUUAUCGCGCUGGCCCUCGCUUACUCUACUGUUUUCUCUGCGAUCUUCGAAAACUCCAUUCCCGCCGGCAACGACAUCGCCUCCCUCCUCCCCCGCUACAUAACCAUAAAACGCGGCUUCUUCAUCUGCGCACUGCUCUCCUACGCAAUCUGCCCCUGGUACCUCCUCUCCUCAGCCUCCGUCUUCAUAAACUUCCUCUCGUCCUACCAAAUCUUCCUCUCCGCCAUAACCGGAAUCCUCAUCUGCGACUAUUACCUCCUCCGCCGAGGCGCCCUCUCAAUUCCAGACCUGUACACCGCUCAUCCGGAGGGGAUGUACCACUACUUCUACGGGUUCGGGCUCCGCGCCUUCGCGACGUACGUCAUCGCCAUCGCGCCGAAUUUCUAUGGGUUUCUGAACCAGAUGGGGGUUGAAGCUAGUGAGGGUGUGCAGAGGUUCUAUUUUGUCGCGUAUCCGGUCGGUCUGGUAGUUGCGUUUGUUGGCUAUUAUGGGUUUGCGCUUUGGAGGGCGCCCAAGGGGAUGGUUAAGGGCAGCGGGUGGAGGGAGCCGAAGGAGUAUCUCGAUGAGUUUGAUAGUGCGAGGUACGUCGGGGGUGAUAUUGAGGGGGUGGAAGUGCAAGCUGUAGGUGUUGUUGGAAAGAGCGAGAAAUAGAACACCUUGGCUAGAGUUUGGGGUUGACUCGAAAUCACUAAGCGGUUCUGUCCAUAUUUGCCCAUUCAAACUACCUACUCUUGUCCAUCAUCCGUUGAGGCUCGUUGCGAGUCAUACAACAGGUAAACUAAACCAAAACUGCCAAGAACGGCGACGCAGCGUCUCCAAAGCUCAGC